GACGACGUGGAGCACGAGCGGAAGGUCGACGACGAUUGGGAGGAUGGUCGCCCCGGGGACGGCCCUCCUCGUGCUCCUUCUCGCUGCCCUGCUCGCGCUCUCGGCGAGGGCGCAGACGCAGACGCAGCUGCAGCGCUGGCUGGCGGGCUGCCCGAGUCUGUGCGCGUGCGACACGCAGCUCAGGGCCUCCUGCACCGGCCGGCGCCUCUACAGCAUCCACGCGGGCGUGUCGAGCGCGGCCCAGGCCCUCGACCUCUCCAACAACUCGGUGGCCAGUCUCGAGGACCGGCAGCUCUCGAGAGCUGGUCUAACGAGAUUGAAGUACUUGAAUCUGUCGAUGAAUGCCAUUAGUGAGAUCGGAUUGAAUGCCUUUGACGACUUAAGGAAUCUCACGGUUCUCGACUUGUCGAUGAAUCGCAUCGAUUACAUAGCUCCAGACACAUUUUACUAUAAUCAAAAGUUACAGAUCCUCCACCUCGCCGGCAAUAAGUUUAAUCUCCACGUCCCGUCGCUUCACAGUGUAUCUCUCGUGACCCUCGACCUCAGCGGCUGCCGAAUCAAUCAUCUGCCGAAACACACUUUUCAAGGACUGAAGCAACUGCGCAAACUCGAUCUCUCGAGCAACGCGAUGACCGGGUUAGAUAAGGACGUCUUGCGGCAGAUGCCCUUCCUUCAAAAAUUGUCACUUGGAAGGAACAACUGGAUCUGCGACGAGUCGAUGUACAGCCUGAAGCUGUACACGCGUAGCAGGAACAUCGAGACCCACCCGAUCUGCAACAAGAGCGCGCUGACGAUAAAGUUCGAGAAGAUAAGCAUCGGCCAGGAGGCCGGUAAGGGCGAGUCGCGGCCCUCGAAGAAGUCGAGCGACUCUUGGGACGUGGACCCGUGGCGCAAGCUCGAGGAGGCCGUCCAAGAUCAGGAGCAGGAGUGCGAGCCCACGGUCCCCGACCCGACGAGCAUCUUCGCCUUCAGCAACGGCGUCUCGCCCUUCUGGUUCCUAUUGAUCGGCUUCCUCCUCGGCAGCGGGGCCACGAUGGUCGUCACCUACCUCUGGCUCUCCACGACCAUCUCCUGUCUAAUACCGAGGAUUCGCCGUGCCGGUGUCACGGAUUCACCCGACACCAGCUCCCAGAGAGUCUCCCUGCUCAGGCACCUCUGGCAGCAGGAGAACGCGAGCGGUGCCGGCGGCUCGCCUUCGAUCACGACGAUGACCACCACCACGACCACCACAACCACGACCACGAACAUCCUGCCAAUCUGCCCGGGGACGCCGCCUCCGCCGUAUCGCGAGGUCAUGCUACACCGAAACCUUUACCCGCGAGCAGCGAUUGCAGCGAUAGCGGCGGCGGCUGCGGCGGUGGCGGCGGCGGCGACGACGACGACGACGACGACGACGACUCAACCGCAACGAGCCAACACUCGAAUUCUGGGAAUCCGCACAGCCGGGAUCAACGGCUCGAGCACCGCCACCUACAAUGUCUGAGUCUGCCACUUGCCAAUCGCGCAUUUUCCGUUUGGCAGUGCUGGACCAGGGGAUGGCAGCGGAUUAUUAUUAUGACCGGAUCAUCUCGAUCGCGGCAAACGCUCGGGCUCGCACUCGACCUCGAUCUCGACCUCGGCGCUGUGCGUUCGGACACGCGCGAUCGAUUCAGUUCACCAGCAUCUCGCAAACACGAUUUGCCAAACAGAUUUUACGUCAAGCUGGACGCAAGUCGAUUACUUCUCGCAUUCACGGGAACGGAUUGAGCGCCGUCGAAUCAUUGCCAACGACCUCGAGAUAUUUUUAUUUUUAAUUUACAAAUUCAAGCUGCAUAUUUUAAUCUUACGAAUAUUUAUCGUUUUUAUUGUUAAGUUAUUUGCCGAACAAAUAUCGGCUUGUCGGCCAAAUCGAGCAUUUUAAAAACAUCCCGACAAGUUAGAUUUGUGUACCGAGACGAUGACGAUUACAAACAUAUUUUUAGAAGAUACGAUUUUAUCGAUCUCGAUCGCAGCUAGGCUGAAUUAGUCUAGCAUUAAAUGAUCACAUUAAUAUCAUUAAACGUCAAAGGUGCUUAAAUUAAUUGAAACAAUUUUUAAAAUUAA